AUUCUUCACAGUUUUAAUGAGGUUUGAGUCCAUCACCAAAUUUCUGCAAAUUUUUUCUCAAACAAAGAAUCUAAAAGCCACCAAAAUCCUUCAUGCUGACUUGCUUAAAAAAGGGUUGCUUUUUCUCUCCCCCAAUAUCCAAAGCAAACUCAUUUUGACUUAUGUCACAUGCCUUGACAGAAAAACCAACCUUAAAAUCUUAACCAACUGCUUCAAAUCCAUAAACCCCAAAAACCCUUUACUCUUUAAUGUAAUAAUAUCUGAUUUUUCAAAAAAUGGGUUUGCUUUUUUUGCACUGAAAACCCUUUCUUUUAUGCACUUUAAUGGCAUUUCUUUGGAUACUUAUGCUUUGUGUAGUUCCUUAACAGCUUCAUCCUCAUUGAGAAAUGUUGAAUUUGGUAGACAAAUUCAUUCCCACGUGGCAAAAUCAGGUUGGCUUUCGAGUGUUUUUGUGGGCACCGCUCUUGUUUCUCUGUAUGCGAAAUUGUCACUUUUUGCUGAUGCAGCUUUGGUGUUUGAUGAAAUUCCUAUGAAGAAUUCUGUUUGUGCAAAUGCGCUUUUAUCGGGAUUCUGUGAGGCUAAGUUUUGGAUUGAGGGACUUGAACUAGUUAGGAAGAUGCCUGAAUUGAGUUUGGAUUAUGAUCAUUUCUCAUUAUCGGCUAUUUUACGCGUAUGCACUGGGCUUUCGGCUAUUCAAUUUGGGAGGCAGGUGCACGGAUAUUUGAUCCGUAAAGUUUAUAACUUGGGGGAGGAUGUGUUUUUGCAAAGUUCGUUGAUUGAAAUGUAUGGAAAAUGUGGGUUGGUGGUGGAGGCUUUGCAAGUAUUCAAUUUGUCAGGUCUAAGAUUGGGAGGAGAGAAAAGGAGGGAUAUUGUUCUGUGGACUUCAAUGCUUGGUGUUUAUGGAAGAAAUGGACACUUUGAAGAUGUGGUUUUGUUAUUCAAAGAGAUGUUGAAGGAAGGGAUCAAUCCAGACGAGGUAGCAUUUGUGACAGUCAUCUCAGCUUGUGGUCACACUGGUCAAAUACGACUAGGUCUUGAAUAUUUUGAUUCCAUGACUCACGUUUACAAGUUGAUUCCUGGCCCAGAGCACUACAGUUGUGUGGUUGAUUUACUAUGCAGGGCUGGGCAGUUGGAAAAGACAAUGAAGGUGGUCAAUGAGAUGCUCCAGAAAGGCCACAACAAUGGCAGUGUUUCCUUGUGGGUGGCUUUGCUUAGUGCUUGCUGUGAUCAUGAAAAUGUUGAGUUGGGUAAGUUUGCUGCCCAAAAGGCACUUGAGUUGGAUUCCCAGAAUGUUGGAAUUUAUGUUAAGCUAUCUAAUUUAUAUGCUAGAUUUGGAAUGUGGGAUGAGAUUGGACAGUUAAGAGAGGUGAUGAAGCAGAGAGGAUUAAAGAAAGAUGUUGCAUUUAGUUGGAUUGAAGUCACUAGUUGAAUGGAGCAGAAAUUACUUAUAUGAAGGAAACAUUUAGGAUGACAAUGGUUUUACUUGAAUGAACAGAUGAGAUUCUGAAGCAUACAGUUUAGCAAAUUGACCAUAAUUAUUAGAUUCUGUAUCUAUCAUCCUAAUGGUCUGUCUGAUCGUUCUUGAAAUGUCAAUUGGAAACAGUGGCAAGGGACAAAACAAAUGGUUUUGGAGGGUGAUUAUGUUCAUGUUAGCACAUAUGCUGCAGAGGGAAGUGCAGCAUCUUCACUUUGACUGUUAUGAAUCUCUGAUGGCACUUGCAAGGAUUGUGUAGUAUAAUUGGUGAACAAGCUGUUCAAAUGAGAAUUCAUACCUUGAAGUGAAGACAUACAUUUAAUAGCCUGCGAACAAGCUCAUAUUGCUAAGCUCAAUAGACAGAUUAGCAUGAUUGACUCGAAGAAUUGACAGUUCAAAUCUUCUUCUAACCAGUGAAUUUAUGCUAGUCCUGGAAAUUUUGAGACGUUCACUUCCAGUUUAAAUUGGUUUUUCGGCAAAGGCACAUGAUGGCAUAGUAAUGUAACAGUGAUAUGUAUUUUGUAGACUUUGCAGAGUAUUUUCUCUUUCAUUUUUUUUUUCUUUCUCAUGCCUUUUGAGCUCUGUACUAAUAAACAAUAACAAAAGGCAAAAGAAUAGCAUGUACUACUAUUUCUUUCUUUAAUAGAAAUUGAGAAACACCAGUUUCUGCUAAGUGCUCUUGGAAGCUCUUCAGAUGUACAAGUAAAUGCUGCCUGAAAGUAAAAAUACUGGAUUUCAGAACUAGUGUUGAAGUCAGGGGGAUGAUUUUAGAUUUUUACAGAUUCUGAUAAAAUGUGGUGCUACAGUUCAUCAUCAUGCUAGAAAGACUCAUGACAAUGAUUUAGUCUAUGCUGAUGGACUGAAGUUUAAAGGGGCAUCAAAAUUGUUUUGAGUGAGAACCUGAGAACUGUGGCCACAUUGAUAUUAACAGAAAAGUCAAUCUGGAGCUUAAGACUAAAAUCAUGCCAUUUGGAGCUAGACAAGAAUCAUUAUUCAACUCGUCUUAUUUUUCUUUAAUGUCUAAAAGGGAGUACAGUCAUCUCCCUUUUGUUAACUGCUAAGAUUUCUGUUUUAUUAGGGUCAGGUGAUUGUAUGGCUGAUGAGUCUUUGCGGUUCUGCUACCAGUAUUUCGGUUUCUAGUUAGAUUGAACAAACUUUUGAUGAUAUUAUUAUUUUCAGAAGCACCUCUUAUCCCGUAUUUGAUUGGUUACUUUCGUCUCAAUAUUUUACUCCUAAUGUGGUUAUCUUUGAAAUGGUUGAAUUUGGCUGCCAAACUUGUAUCACUGUUUUGCAGGCUACGUGACCUCUUGUAUUGGAGUGUCCCUUCAAUGAAUUAUUAGACAGUAGACUUCAAAUUUUCAAUAACGCUGAGGGCCGUUCCCCAGGUACAUAGAUCGGUCCUUGUGAUGCUCUUAUUGUAGGUUGUAAAUGGAAAUGGGGUCAUCAACUCUGGCAUUUAGAUGGGUCCUGUCUGCUGUCAAGUCAUUUCAAUAUAAUUCCAUUGUCAUUAUCAUCUUGGUUUUGCAAACACCAGGUACUACCCUAGCAUUUUGCACAGAGACCUUCCUUAUGUAGGCUUCUCAUACUCAAGCUGCUAAUCUGUUUAGUAUAUUUACCAGUGUCUGUUCCAUUGUUCUUUCAGCCGGUAUGCUGAAGUCCUUAGUUAUACUCCUACCUGGUUGAUUAUCAUUCAUCUCACUCUUCAUCUUUUAGGAAUUUUUGUUUUGAUGAUUUGCCCUAAAACCUAUAUGUACUCGAGCAAAAUUAUUCACUUUGAUGGCAUCAUCUUCUGUCAUCUUUUGUUAAUAUUUCUGACAUAUAUGUUUAUCAGUUCAAAUGGUUAAAGCUGGUAGAAAGGACAAACAUGACUCAAGAAACUGAUGAUUUUUACAAUUUUGAGGGGCUGAUAAAAGAUUCCAAGAGGACAGUUCACAGUUUUGGGAGAUGGUUAUGUGUUUGUGGUUUGAAGUAGUUGGGGAAUGAUCUCAAAUAGGACCUUACUAUGUCGUCCUUACAGGAGAGAUUAGGG